AUGGAGCCCGAACUGCCUGUACAUGUACAAUCGUCCUACACCAAUGCGCCAUCGCCAACAGUCAUCCACGCCCCUCAAACUUUAUCAGAGGGAGAUACCGAGGUAACGACCGAACAUGAGCACUCAGAAGAACGUUCACUUGCGAUUACGAUUAGCGAAGAACAACUGUAUGCGAUAGCCCACCGUUUGAGUAUCAGGCCGCUUCUCGGCUCAGCCAAAAGUGAACCGAGUGGACAACCAGAGGUAUGGGCAGACGGACGUCAAGAGCUCUGCGAAACACUGCAUUACUAUCGCGCGUACCAAGGCGCCUGCUAUUCCACGGGCGGCUUUGUUCGAGGCUUCAUGUUCGAUAAGGUUGCCCAUCCUCGCGACUACAUCGAUAGUAAUGUCGUCAUAUCAAGAGCCGGUGGAGGGUUAACCAAAGACAAAGACUCUGGUGAGAUGAAAGUGGGGAGAGAUCAAGUCGAAGACACGGUUGCACAGGGUUUAAGGAACUGUAUGAACCAGUUCAACCCAGUUGUGAUUAUUACCGGAGUCGACAACCCCCACAUCCCCUCAAAGCCACCGCAUCAGUACUGCGUAUUGGACUACUUCAAGCCCACGCAUAUAUGGGUCGAGAAAAGCGGCAGAAGCAAGAUUGUGAGAUAUCGGUUUGAGAAACUCAACACAAAGAAGGACUCCUGGUGGUCUCCGACACAAAAGGAUAUGACAGACUCUGUCGAUCUUGGCUCACUUCCUCCUCCAAUUGAAAAGGCUUGCGAAACUUGUGGUGUGUCGUCUCCGCAGAUAUAUCUGAAUGGUUGGAUGUGCCUGCAGCCAGCAUGCAUGUUGUUCUGGAAUAUUAUUGCUUCAGACACUAAGGCGAACUACGAACCCGAUGAAGCGUCUCUCACCUACGAUCCGCGUUUCCUCAAACAGAAGACGCCAUGGCACAAUGAUGAUCACGAGUAUCCACUCGUCUCGAACAACGUUGAGCUAUCCGGCCACUGUGUUCCAGGUGAAGAUACAUCACAGGCGUUCUGGCUCGGCAUGGUCUGUCCUGAAUGUGGGCGAUGCAUAUCCCGGCUCAGUUGGAUGGGCUGGGAAUGCCAAAAUCCUGCAUGUGGAUUUAGGAAAGAGCCUACCCACACUCUCAUCCCAGCUGUUUCGCUCCGUGAGCCGCUCUGGCCACUCACGAACAGCUAUCCGCUGUCCAGAGACACGACAGUACCGUCAAUUGAUGUUCGUGUGUCCUUCGUUCAUGGCUACCGCAUCAACCGAUACAGUAUUCCGGGCAUUACCGGCUUCAUAACGCACAUGAUCGCCAACAAAAUCGUGGUUGAAGAAUCGGGUGGCCCUGACACGAUGUUCGAAGAGCUGCAGCAAACAGAUAUCGGACUCAGGAGACGUUCGAUGCCGAAUGGCCAGCUAAAGGGGCCGAACUAUUGUCGCCAUUUCGCAGUCAACUAUGGGAUGCCGUACAAAUUCAUCGCUGCAACUGCCUCGCAGUCGUUCAACGACGCAGCGCGACCUAUCACCGCCACGCGAAGUAGAUUGAACUGGGCUGCCAAACUUCUGUUAGCCCUAGAAUCCAACCAGAGUGUGGACGACAUCGAGAAAGGCUGGAAAGAGAAGGAAUUCAACGAAGUCCUCGCCCUCGGCUACUUCGAACAGCAAAAGAUCAACUACCACGACGACGGCGAAUACGGUCUCGGCCCUACUAUUGCAACUCUCUCACUCGGCGCACCAGGGGCCAUGCGCAUCCGCAUGAAAGCGCGCCACUACCACGGCGUCUCAUCUGCAGGUGUAUACGACGACGCGCCGCCGCUCCCGGGCUGCCAGCAAUACGCCGCUCGCCUCGCCCUCCAACCUUCCCUCGACGCGCUCAAACUCUCAGACUCCAGAGGCUAUACUGCUCGCCGCAAAGAGAUCCCCAAAGAACUAAAGCUCAAGAGCUCAGGCAAUGCAAAGGACGUGUUGAACAUGCUGCUUGGACACGGCGAUAUUGUGGUUAUGCAUGGCGCAGAGUUGCAGAGGUAUUAUGAACAUGCUGUGGAGCAUGCGGGAAAGCUGCGGUUUGCACUUACUUGUCGGUACAUUGACCCCCAGUCCCUCAAGGAAGCUGAUAAGCCGGACUAUGAGGUCGGACCUGAUAUGGACGGAUAUGACGGAUCUAGGCUGUGCUAA